AUGGAAAAAGAUAAAGCAGAGGUACUUCAUAUUGAAGAAGCUGUAAAUGAUAAUUAUGCAGAUAAAGCUCUUGGUGUUACAAAUGGAGAAAUAAUCGAGGAGGCAAGAGAGGCUACUGAUAAUGAGCAUGCCUUAACUCUAAGAAAAGCUUUUGCAUCAUAUAAACCUGCAAUUCUUUGGUCAAUGGUAUUUUCAGCAACUAUUAUAAUGGAGGGGUACGAUAAUAUUCUUAUGUCUUCCUUUUUCGCAUAUCCUUCCUUCCAAAAGAAAUACGGGGUUGAUAUUGGAAAUGGCGAAUAUGAGCUUCUCACCAAAUGGCAAACGGCUCUUGGAACAGCCCCUAAUGUUGGAACAAUCCUUGGUGUAUUUGCCAAUGGAUAUUUAACUGAAAGAUUUGGUCACAGACAGGUCAUUAUGGUGAGUUUAAUAUUUAUGUCUGCAUUUAUUUUUAUCCCAUUUUUUGCACCUUCAGUCGAAGUAUUACUUGUUGGUCAAAUAUUAUGUGGUCUUCCAUGGGGUGUUUUUGCUACAAUGGGUCCAACAUAUUCAUCUGAGGUUUGUCCUAUGGCAUUAAGAGGUUACCUUACUGCGUAUGUUAAUAUGUGUUGGGCUAUUGGCCAAUUUAUUGCUGCAGGAGUUCUUAAGGCUUUUGUCGCUAAUACUACUGAAUGGUCCUAUAGGAUACCUUUUGCCAUUCAGUGGGCAUGGCCUAUACCUCUAUUUAUAUUAACAUGGGCUGCUCCUGAUUCUCCAUGGUGGCUUAUUAGAAAGGGUAGGGUUGAAGAGGCUGAAAGAUCUGUAAAAAGGCUUUGUUCUAAGUCUAUUCAACAUAGGGCGCACCAGGCGGUUGCACUUAUGAUACAUACCAACGAACUUGAACAACAACAAGAAAAGCUUACAAAAGAAGAAGUUAAAGGGUUAAAAAGUUAUUUAAAAUGUUUUCAAGGUUCAAACCUUCGUAGAACAGAAAUUGCUUGUAUCGCAUUUGCAGGUCAAGUCCUUUCUGGAUCGACCUUCGCUUAUUCUCCAAGUUAUUUUUUUUCACAAGCUGGCCUAAAUAGUGAUGACACUUACAAAUUAAAUCUCGGUGUUACUGGUAUAGCAUUUACUGGAACUUUUUGUUCUUGGUUUUUGAUAAGGCGUUUUGGUCGAAGAACCAUCUACGUCAGUGGAUAUUUCAUGCUAGUUUUAAUGCUAUUUCUUAUUGGGAUUUUAGCGGUACCCGCAGAAAACAAUACAAAUGUCAGGUGGGCCCAAGCAGCAUUGACUAUGAUUUGGGUUGCCACCUAUGCUCUUACGAUUGGACCUUUGGCCUUCACAAUUGUUAGUGAAAUGUCUGCUACAAGGUUGCGUGCACAGUCUAUUGCAUUAGCAAGAAAUGCGUAUAAUUUGGCUUCUUUGAUAUCAAAUGUAGUAGAGCCUUAUCUCAUUACUCCAAGUGGAGCGAACCUUAAAGGUAAAACCGCCUUUGUUUGGUUUGCCACUGCUUUACCUACUCUCAUUUGGAGUUAUUUUAGGCUUCCUGAAACUAAAGAUAGAACGUAUGAAGAAUUAGAUAUUCUUUUUGAAAAAGGUAUUCCUUCCAGAAAGUUCUCAUCUUAUGUAUUCGAUGCUGGUGCCGUUAACAUAAAUAUUGAAAGCAUUGAAAAUAAAGAAUAA